CACACACUGUAUACUCUGCAUGUUCAUUCUACAGUGGAUCACUGGAUAUGAAAGAGUUUUCAGCGCGACUUUCAGGUGCGGCGAACGUCUUUCAUGAAUGACACUGAAGGGAAGUGGGGAGCGAGAUGGAACUUGCAUUCCUCCACUCCCCUUUGUACGCCCACUGUGAAUAGCCUUUGGAUGGGGCUUUGUGGGAAUGAUUGUCAGUAGCUUAAUGAGCCUCUAAGCCAAGCUAGGAGCUUUGGCAACACAUGUAGCUACAGUGUCUUAGUUCCAGCGGGUAUGGCCCGACGCAGUACGGGCCCGGCACUCUCCGUGUUUCUGCAAAUCUGAUCUUGACCCAGCUCACGGUUAUUUCCCCCUUUUUCUUGCGGAUGGUAUUACCUGGAAGAGAACGGUUGCCCCUCUCAUGGGGACCAGAGCUGAGAAUGAGGUGGAGUACAUCAUCUUCGGCGCGCCAGGGAAAUGCACUGAGGACCGAGUAGGAGAGAGAGCACUCGUUUCUUGAGGACGUCCGAGAUUCAAGGAGAGACCAUGCAGAGGAACCCUGGAUCGGUGGCCGUGCUGGGCUUGAUCGCCUGCGUUUGUGCCUUUUAUACGACUGCAGCCGUCGACAUCCCACUGGAGGUUUUAGCUCAUAUAAACAUUGAGCAGCUGCCCACCAUCACAGAGCAGUCGGCCAGCUCUCUCAUCGCCUUCCCGUUUGACGAGAGCUUCCCCAUGACGUGUGAAGCCAAAGGGAACCCCGAGCCAGAAUUCAGAUGGACGAAGAAUGGCCAGGAAUUCGACCCCUCUCUGGACCCCCGGCUGAUGAAAGAGGAGAAUUCUGGGACCUUUGUGAUACCCAAUAAUGGGAACCUUACAGAGUACCAGGGAACCUAUCGCUGUUACGCCUCAAACAAACUGGGGACCGCCAUAUCGAAGGAGAUUGAGUUCAUUGUGCCCCAUGUUCCGAAGUUUCCUAAAGAAACACUUGACCCUUUGGUGGUGGAGGAAGGCCAGGCUUUUGUUUUACAGUGUGAUCCACCUCAAGGAAUACCUCCGCUCCAGAUCUACUGGAUGACUAUCAACCUCCAGCACAUCGAGCAGGACGAGCGGGUGUCCAUGGGCCUGAACGGAGACCUCUACUUCUCUCACGCCGUGGAGAAGGACAGCAGGAGGGACUACUGCUGCUUCGCCGCCUUCCCGAGAAUACGCACCAUUGUUCAGAAGACCGCCAUGUCCGUCGUUGUGAAGACGAAAAACAGUGGCAUGAGUCCUGAAACUGCUAAUGCAAUCCUUGAGAGAAGACCCCUAUUUCUGACGCCCUCUGGUGCCAGAUCAGAGACACGGCUGGUCAAAGGAGAGGACCUGAAAUGGGAAUGUAUUGCUGAGGGAUUUCCAACUCCACAGGUUGAGUGGGUGAAGAUGGGUCAUCCGCUCCCAGUCAAAGCCAAACUGGAGAAUCACGGGAAACUGCUGAUUGUGCCGAGAGUCGACCAGGAAGACGGCGGGAAGUACAUGUGCAAGGCGAAGAACGCGCUGGGAGAUGCCAUCCAUUACUUCACGCUGAUGGUGGAAGAGCCCCCGGAGUGGGUGGCUGAGCCCGAGAGUCAGCUCAGUAUGAUCGGCUCCGACGUGCUCAUCAAGUGCUCCGCCAGUGGGACCCCUCAGCCGACGAUAACGUGGAGGGUGAACGGCGAACCUCUGCAGGGGGCCCCUGCAGCCAACAGGAAGGCGUUCGAUGACACCAUAGUUUUGCACAACGCCAAAGCGUCUGACAGCGCCGUCUAUCAGUGCGAGGCCUCCAACAAGCACGGGACCCUUCUGUCGAACGCAAACAUCAUGAUAAUGAAUCUGGCCCCCAUGAUUCUGACCAAGGAUGGGGAGGACUACUCUGCGGUGGAGGGGAAGGGAGUGAUGAUGCACUGCUCGGUCUUCAGCUCUCCUCCUUCUACCGUCACUUGGAGCAGAGACGACUCCCCUGAAUCCGUGGAGGGGCCGAGGUUUGCCGUUCACGACAACGGGUCGCUGGAGAUCUACAGCGCCGUGAAAGACGACGCGGGACAGUACACGUGUUUAGCCAAAAACACAGAGGGACCGGCCGCCCUCAACGCCAUGCUCUACGUGAAAGAUCCCACCAGAAUAGUGGUGGCCCAGGAGGACCUGCAGAUCUUAAUAGGUACCGCGGCACAGCUCUCAUGCCUCGCAGAGUACGACAAGUCCUUCAGCAACGACUUUGAGCUCCUGUGGGAGAAAGACGAUCUGGCGAUAGGCCUCAACCACACUGAGAAUUCAAGAUACUUUGUGGAGGACGGUAUCCUCCAGAUCAUCAACGUGAGCCACAGGGACCAGGGCGUGUACACGUGCGUGGCGAGAACCCCGGUGGACCGAGACGCGGCCUCGAUGCUGCUCAUGGUGCUAGACGUCCCCGAUGCACCCGAGUACUUGGUACUGUCUGAACACAAGAGCAAAAGUGUGAAACUGAAAUGGAUCCCUGGGGACGAUCACAACAGCUCCACCACAGAGUUUAUCAUCGAGUACGAGGAGAGCCAGUGGGAGCCGGGGAACUGGAAGGAGCUGCUCCGCGUACCGGGCAACCACAACCAGGCCGUGCCCAAACUCCACGGCCACGUGGACUACCGCUUCCGUGUGUCCGCCCUCAACGCUGUGGGGAGGGGCUCUCCCAGCGAGCCCACGGAGAGAUACAAACCGCCGCCGGCAGCCCCUGACAAGAACCCAGAAAAUAUCAAAAUCGAAGGUCAUUUGCCACAUGAAAUGGAUAUCAACUGGGAGCCCUUGCUGCCCAUUGAGCACAAUGGCCCCGGUUUGGAGUACAAGGUGAGUUACAGGAGACAGGCCGUGGAGGAGGACUGGAGGGAGCACAUGGUGAAGAGACACUCGUUUGUGGUGAAGAACACUCCAACCUUUGUGCCCUACGAGAUCAAGAUCCAAGCCAGGAACCACCAGGGCUGGGGCCCCGAGCCCAGGAUAGUGACAGGAUACUCAGGGGAGGACUUUCCAUCUGCUGCACCCGACGUAGCCGUGGAGGUGAUGAACAGCUCAGUGGUCAAGGUUAACUGGACGCGUGUACACAAGGACAAGUUACACGGACAUCUGGGAGGCUACCGGGUAAACUGGUGGCGUCUGCGCAGUCUGGCGGACUCCAAGAAAAGCCACGGAGACAAGCGCGCGCUGGUGUUCCCCGGGGACCGCAGCCACGGCACGGUGCCGGGACUGACGCCCUUCUCCGAGUACAGCCUCAUCGUCAUGACCUUCAACGGGCGGGGCAACGGCCCCGGCAGCCACCCCCUCAACUUCAAAACCCCAGAGGGAGUCCCGGAGAAAAAUCCUGUUUUCAGGGUCACGGAUGUACAGAAGCACACCGUCUCACUGCUCUGGGCCCCGCCAUUGGAGCCUAAUGGAAUUCUCACCGGGUACCUCCUCGAGUAUCAGCUCAUCAACGACACGGAGGAAGUGGGGCCCCUGCAGACGGUGAACAUCAGCAACCCCGACACCACCAAGUGGAUCCUGCGCGACCUGGAGCCCGUGAGCAAAUACAAGCUCUACCUGCGCUCCUGCACCAAGGUGGGCUGCGGGCCUGUCGUCAGCGAGGAGUGCACCACCACCCUAGAAACAAGUCUGGCCAGCGUCCACGGAGGAAUAUCCACCCAGGGCUGGUUUAUCGGCCUGAUGUGCGCCAUCGCUCUCCUCACUCUCAUUGUGCUGAUCGCAUGCUUUGUCAACAGAAAUAAAGGAGGGAAGUAUUCCGUGAAAGAAAAAGAGGACCUUCACCCAGACGUGGAGUCCCAGGGCAUGAAUGACGACACAUUCUGUGAAUACAGUGACAACGACGAGAAGCCUCUGAAGGGCAGCCAGCACUCGCUGAGCAGAGAGAUCAAAGCCGGGGACAGCGGGGACAGCCUGGUGGACUACGGCGACGAGGACGUCCAGUUCAACGAGGACGGCUCCUUCAUCGGCGAGUACGCGGGGCGGAAGGCGAAGAGAGCGUCCGCCGAGAUCAAGGCCGCCAUUCAGACCCCGGCGUGAGGAGCGCCAUCCAUCAACUCCCGGGCAACGUUUUCAUCAAAUCCCCCCGCCGGGAGGAACACGUGGAAAGUGGGAAACAGACAUGAUCCAUACCGAGCACACACGUUUGGUGUCAAAUGUAAUGUGUCAUUGCCGACUGCACACUGCCACUCUCAUUUUAUACAGCGUUUCUUUUGUCAAGUCGCAACAGGAUGACCGUUACUACAUACUGUGUAUAUAUAGUGUAUAUUGUAUGUGCCGAGUGUCUUUUUUUUAUAAUUAUUAUUACACAAAAAAUACGUAGAGGGCUUGGAUUAUCUUUUCUUUUUUUUAUCUCCAUUACGUCAGCUGCUGUGUAUUUUGUACAAAUGUUCGGAACAUUUCACUCUCCACUGCACAUCAUUAUAUGCAGCUUUGCCUCUCAGAUAAGUGGGAAUAUCAAGUUGAUAUUUUUCAAAUUGCAGCCGACUGUUACUGACCUUUUGUAUUUGAAAUGGAUUCAUUAAAUAUGAUGGAAGAUGUAUAUAGAAGGAAGCUUAUUAACUUAUUCUAUCCAGUGGUUUUGUACCUGACAAAAUAACGACAAUUUACAUAUCACCAACAGCGAGUCAUCAAUCUCCCUGUGAUGUUAGAAGAGAAGUGAAAUGUAGCUAUAAUGUGUCUUGUUUCGCAUUUAGAUUAAUUGGACAGAAUAAAUGACAGGCCUCAGUCUGCUCACUAUAAACAAGCCGUACACUGCCGUACCAGAUACAGAAGGUAUUCAAUGAUACGAUACAUCAUUAUUUAUCUGAUUAUUAGAAAUUGUUGUGUAGUCCAGUAAAUCACUUUUAUACCCGAAUUUGUAUUAAAAGCACCAUUACAGUUGAAUCCGGUUUAUAGACGGACUAUUUUACAAUGCCACUAUUGCCGAUAGCCGGUAUUUCAAAUUAAGUUUUUCAAGAAGUCGCCUCAUACUGUAGUGUUCAGAGGAAUAGUUUGACAUUUUGGGAAAUAUACGUAUUCGCUUUUUUACGGUAAAUAUGAAGUCACGGCUUAUCUUAG